CAAGAAUUCUGGCGGGACACCGUGUCGUGUAUGACCUUUUGUUUUUCAAAGUGAGCACUCCAAAUAUUCAUGAGUGGAUUCGUUUAGGAUGAAUGGAUUUGAUGUUGGUGAACAUAAGAGGGAGCUGAAGGACUUCAGUCUUUGUUUCUAUACAUCAGCAGCUAGUUUUGUACUCUGCUUGUUUUUAUUUUAUUUUGUGAGCCCAAGAUUCUCAGCACGGAUCUCCUCAGGAUACUGCGAGCUCAGUGUUGCCAAAAAAACUGACUGGGACACAAGGAUCGGUUCAAAUUUGCAUGCAGUGGUUGUCAGCACAAUCAGUUUGUAUUGCUUCAUAUUUGAUGUGGAAACAGCUUCCAAUCCAAUCAAAAAUGAUGGUGUGUUAGUAAGAGUUGGAGUAGCUAUUACAUUGGGGUACCUUUUAGCAGAUUUCCUUAUCAUAGUCUGGUCCUACAAGUACAUUGGAGAUUUGUUUACUUUGGUUCACCACCUCAUGGCAAUAUCAGCAUAUUAUUUUGUUGUGGUCAGUGGGGUUUUGCCUUACUUUGCUAAUGUUCGUCAACUUGCAGAGAUCUCCACCCCAUUUGUGAAUCAGAGGUGGUUUUUUGAUGCUGUUGGUCAUCACAGGUCAUCUAGCAGCUUCAUCAUCAAUGGAUAUGUUAUGGGUGCUUCUUUCUUCUUCUGCCGUAUACUAAUGAUGCCCAUUUACUAUUACAAGUGUUAUUUGGUCUGGGGAAGUGAAGAACAACUGCAGCUGGGUGCACUUAUUAAUUUUUUCUGGAUUUCUACCUGCAUUGUGCUGGACAUAAUAAACUUAUAUUGGUUUACCAAGAUAGUUAAGGGUGCAAUGAAGCUGACUCAAAAGCUUAAAGAUCGUAAAGACUGACAAUGAAUUAUGUAAAUGUUACAAUAUUGGAUACUUGUUAUAUCAUGUGGCCCGAGUUGUGUGAAGGGCAGAUGAGGCUAUCCACAGGAUAAAUUACUGCUGAUGGAUAGCAUAGUACAUUUAUUAACACUUAUUUGCUGGAUAGCGAUUUAUUCAGUGGUUAACACUAUCUGCCUUUUGAACAACUGGGCCUUGAUCUUUAUGCAAUUUUUUAUGAAUUCCAUGUUCAAUUUUCACUGCCUUACACCCACACGUUCAUUGAUCCCCGUUUUUUGUUUUCGUUUCUUUGUUUGUUUGUUUUGUUUUUUGUUCGUUUGUUUGUUUUGUUUGUUUGGAUUUUUGAGAGCCAACUGUUUUUUCCUUUUUUUAUUUCCACUUAUUGUGGAAGAAUAUAACGUUAGCUAUUGUUAGUUAUUGUCAAUCUGUCUAGAUUUAGGAUGAGUGUUUUAUUUGUGUAUGGGUAAGCGAAGAUCUGUGUGGAUUGACCUACGUGAAGGCUAAAUAAUAUAUUACAAAGAUAGAAGAAAACCCUAAUUUUUAUGAAUUACUUACUUUAUGACAUAGCAUUUUUUAUGUACAAUUUCUCUAAAAUUCAUUGCAAAUUAU